UUGAAUUAUUUUGAAGAUUUGAAUAUAUUUUUUAACGCUGUAAACAAAAUCCAUCCAUGGAAGUCCUUGCCGCUAAUUCAUUCUUGCGUGAUGUUAACAUAUUCCAUACUGUUUACUUCCCCACUGAAGUGAUGCUAUAUUUUGAGCAGCAUUAUAUUUUCGAGAUUGUUUUCGAUUUGAUGGUUCUUUUGGAUCUAAAGCGCCCUGAAGAUGCUUAUGAGUUCAUGGUGAACAAUAUCGAAAAAGUGGCCGAUAAGUAUCGGAAGACAAACAUUGUGGUAGAAUGUCCUCAAAACUUUGAUAAGGAGAAAUUGGCAAUGAUAUGUAGUAGAACACAUGAUUGUCCCAUAAUCUCAAUGAAAAAUCCUGUUUCGAAAAAGCGCAUCGAAAAACUGUCCCAUCAAUUGAAACGGUUUGGUCUCGACCGAGCCAAUGUAGUCUUUAUUGGUAAUCAAAACGACAUUCCGCAAAAACUCAUAGCAAAAAAGUUUCACAUAAAUAGAAAAAUUGAUCUAAGCCGUAACAACAAUUGUACGGAUAUCACACAACUUUCACACACAAGAACAAUUCUGCCGAUUGCGAUCAACUUAAAGAACACUUUAAAACAAAUGUCACUACAUCCUGAUCAUGAGCAAGUGAAAUAUAUUGAAAGAAUUCUUAUAAUCGGUAGACCCGGAUCGGGGAAACAUCGACAAGCACGAAUGCUAGCGAACCGUCUAGAUCUGAUUCUUGUUUCAGCAACGGAUCUCAUCAACACUGCACGGUGCAACAACAAUUUGUUCAGAAAAACUUUGGAAAUCGGUCUGGAGGAUAACGUGCAUACCUCGGAACUCAUUGCGACGAUUGUCCAAAAGCGACUUCUAGAACCAGAUUGUCUGCAAUUCGGUUGGGUACUGGUGGACUUUCCCAACACUGCGAAUGAUGUGGAUAACUUGUACCAUUUGUUGGUCCCUCCGAAAAAAGUAAUUCAUUUGCACACAAAUUCAAGACUUUGCUGGAAAAGAAAAUUGAACCAUAUUAAAAAGAACGGAACAAAAUUAGGAAAUGAUGAAUUACGAUUGAAUGAAUCCAUAUUGCAAGCGGAGUCCGAUUUCUACGACGUACAUCACACAACUGUAGAAGCUGCAUUGGAGCGACAAAAUUGUGUUAUGCUGGAUAUAAAUGGCAAUAAAUGUGCCGAAGAAGUGCAUGGCGAUAUUUUGACAAAAUUGCUGAAGAUUUGAUAACGUGAAGAUAAUCUGUGGUCAAACUUAAUUACAACUAAAGACAGAAAUUUUGAAAUAUUUUAGAAGAAAUACCAGGAGAAACUUCUCGAAGGA